UUUGCUCUUCGUGCGUAGCAUUUCGAAUAUUUUAACACGGUACGUUACAAGCUGAACAAACGCUGGCAACUGGCAGCAAAUAAGCCAAAAAAAAAGAAAGAAAAACAGCCAAGAGAAUUGCCAGAAAAAUCAAAGCCAGCAGCUGCUGAAAAACGCGCGCAAUUCUCUCGGUGUUUAUAAAUAAAAUAGAAAUAGUGAUUUUUACUGACUUUGUUCUGUGCAGUUUUCACACGCCCACGCCUAGUUCCUCCCCACACCUCCCCCACCAUACUCUCCCCCUUUCAUUCAUUCUCUAUUUCUCUCACACACACACAUUCUCUGAAUUACUCACUCAACGUACAUUUUCAACAGGUAUUCAACGACAACAACAACAACAACAACAAAUUGUCUUUUUUCGUGUUCAAUAGAAAAAAGUGGCCAAGAAUUUGUUUCGAUGUGUGUGCGAAAUCAGCUAGAAUCUUUUGUGUGAAAAGUGAAAACAAAAAACGAAACGAAAUUCAACAAGAAAUCUGAAAGAAAAAAACAACAGCAAAAGCGCCGCAAAGUAUUCAACGCUUCCUUUGGAUUAUUGACUUGAAUUGAAUUUUAAAGCAGAGCUUUGAUUUACUCUCUCGUCGACAAUUUCUUCAACUUUAACUGCAUUCAGCAAACUGUCGGCGUAGCUGAGCUGAACUGAGUCCAGAACGAUGCCGGCGGAAACGAAACCAUCCGCGCCAGCGGAGCCGGAAACAACACCAACCAAGAGCAAAUCGAAGAGCAGCUCAUCGGCAUUCUCGAAGGCCGCGCUAGCACGCGUCUCCCUGCUCGAUGGCUCCGUGCUGGACGUGACCAUUGAUCGCAAGGCCAAAGGUCGCGAUCUGGUUAAUUCGAUUUGUGCAGGCCUGAACAUCAUUGAGAAGGAUUACUUCGGCUUGACCUAUGAGACGCCCACCGAUCCUCGAGUCUGGCUGGAUUUAGAAAAGCCCGUGUCGAAGUUCUUUCGCACCGAUCCCUGGCCGCUGGCGUUCGCCGUGAAAUUCUAUCCGCCGGAGCCGUCACAGCUGCAGGAAGAUAUCACGCGCUAUCAUCUCUGUUUGCAGGUGCGCAAUGAUAUCCUCGAGGGUCGUCUGCCCUGCACCUUUGUGACGCACGCACUGCUCGGCUCGUACCUGGUCCAGUCGGAGAUGGGUGACUAUGAUCCCAAGGAGAUGCCGACACGUGCCUAUCUCAAGGACUUUAAAAUCGCCCCAAAUCAGACAACAGAGCUGGAGGACAAGGUUAUGGAUCUGCACAAGACGCACAAGGGUCAAUCGCCCGCUGAGGCCGAGCUGCAUUAUUUGGAGAAUGCCAAGAAGUUGGCCAUGUACGGCGUGGAUCUGCAUCCCGCCAAGGACUCCGAAGGCGUCGACAUUAUGCUGGGCGUGUGUGCAUCCGGUUUGUUGGUUUAUCGCGACAAAUUGCGCAUUAACCGUUUCGCUUGGCCCAAGAUCUUGAAGAUCUCGUACAAGCGUCAUCAUUUUUACAUUAAGAUACGACCGGGCGAAUUCGAGCAAUACGAAUCCACCAUCGGUUUCAAGCUUGCCAAUCAUCGUGCCGCCAAGAAGCUGUGGAAAUCCUGCGUGGAGCAUCACACCUUCUUCCGCCUGAUGACCCCAGAACCGAACACCCGAUCUACGCUGUUGCCACGCUUCGGCUCCAAGUAUCGUUUCUCUGGGCGCACACAUUAUGAGAGCAAGGCGACACCCGUCGACCGGACGGCACCCAAGUUCGAUCGAGCUCUGUCCGGGGCACGUCUCUCAUCGCGCAGCAUGGAUGCUUUGGCGAUGGCCGAGAAGGAGAAGAUUGCACGCAAGAGCAACACCUUGGAUCAUCGUGGCGACCGUAGCAAUGAUAUGGAUGCACACAGUCGCAGUCCCAUCAAGAAGGACAAAAAGGACAAGCCUUUGAUCGCGGACUUUGACAUAAUGGACGAGGAGAAGGAGGCAAAGUUGCGCGAAAAGAAGCUGAAGGAGAAGGAGGAAAAGGAGCGCAGGGAGCAAGAGAAGCGAGAACAAAAGGAAAGAGAAAAGGCCGAAAAGGCAGCCAAGGCAGCCGCUGCUGCUGCUGCUGCAGGAGUCAAUGGCAAUGAUGAUUUGAAUGACUCCAACAAAUCAGACAAGUCGGGCAGACGUGGCGUUGGUAUAUUCUCGUCGGGUCGCAAGAGCAAGAGCGGUUCACCCUCCAAGGAUGGCAAGGAUAAGGAUGGCAAGGAUAAGGAUAAGGAAAUGGCUCGUCUUGGUCUCGUCGUCACAUCGGGUCUGGGUGAGCGCGAUCCAAACGAGGAUGCCGCCAAGAAGCGCGGCUCAACCACACCCGGCGUCACUCGUCCCUACGAGUAUGCCGUGUCUGCGGAUGGCGGCAACGCCGGCAGUCCCACCCGUAAAUCCUAUACGCCCGGUGGCUUCCGCUACGACCAGGAGCCACAGAGUGGCAAGCAACUUGGCCCGGAUGGUCAGGAACAAUUGUCGCCGGCAUCGCAACAAAAGAAAAUCGGGUUGGCCUUCAACUAUGCGCCUGGCAAUGAGCAUGCGCUGAAGGAGACGGCCGAGAAGAUUAAAUCGGGUCAGCUAUCGCCACGCACCCAGGAUAAACUGAACCGCGGCCAGUUGUCGCCCAAGUCACGGGCACGUCUCCUGCAGGAUGGCAAUCUUUCGCCGACCACACGAGCCAAGUUGCAGGGCAGCGCUGUCGAUGCGGCUGCAGUGCCUCUGCGCGAUAACCAGAAGCGUUCGUACUCCCCGACAAAGGGUCAGCAGGGACAGCAGGGCUAUGCUUCGGGCGCACCCGGCAGCUACAAGCCCAUCAUUGAUCCCACGGCCGAAUUUCUCGAAUCGCAGCGUUACAACAAGGAGCCCGGCUAUGUGGGCGUCGCAGAUGGUGCUAGAAGAGCCGAUUCACCCACAAAGUUGGCAGCGGGCGCAGCCCGUCCAGGUUCAGCUGGAGCACCUACUGCAGCUGGCGCUGGAGCUGGAGCUGGAGCAGCUGCAGCAGCGGCAGCAGCAGCUGCAGCCGCAGCAGCCAAGCCCAAGAAAAAGCGCGUCAAGAUUAUGGUCAUCACAUCGAAAUUCGAUCCGGCAACGAAGCGUAUUGAUGCCGAGAACGGCAGCAUUGAGCACUCCACGGGCAUUCUGGACCCCGCUACAGGUCGCAUCGAUACCAAGUACGGCGUAAUUGAUCCCAAGAAUGGCACCUUGGAGGCACUCAACACGAAGACAGGCAAAAAGGAAGUGUAUCAGGGCGAUGUAGAUCCCAAGACGGGCAAUCUGCAUUUGGUGACGGGCGUCUCUGAUCCCACAACAGGACGUGUCGAUGAAACUUUGGGCCAGAUUAUGUGCAUAACACCGCAGGAUAAUCCCGUUGUUGAGCUGACUGUCAUAACGAGUCGCAUUGAUCCGGCGACCGGCAAAAUUGAUACGGUUAACGGCGAAGUGGAGCGCUCGCUGGGCGUUUUGAAUCUGGACACGGGCCUGUUAGACACUAAAUAUGGUGAGAUAAAUACACGCACUGGCGAACUCAAAGCCAUCGAUCCCAAAACUGGCAAAAUUGUGGUCACCAAGAAUGUCAAGGUUGAUCCGGGCACGGGACAAAUCACCAUUUUGGGCGUCAUUGAUGCGAAAACGAAUAAACUUGAUCCCAAUCAGGGACGCAUCAUUGAGGUCGGUCAGCAGAUCGAUCCGAUUGUGGAGGUCACCUCCUUGGCGGGCAAAUUCGAUGCCAAGAAGAACGUGAUCGAUCCGAAGACGGCGCUCGUUGAGACGUCGGGCGGCCAAUUUGAUCCGAAGUCGGGUAAGAUUGACACCAAAUACGGUCAGAUUGAUUUGGUGAAGCACACCAUAACCUACACCGAUCCCAAGUCCGGCAAAACGGUAACCCGUGACAUUAAAAUCGAGCCAUCAACGGGCCAGAUUGUGCUGAAGAACCAAGUCAAUCCAAAGAACAAUAAACCGGAUAAGGAUUAUGCGAGAAUCAUCUCGUUGCGCAUUGUGCAACAGCGCGUGGAUCCGGCGACAAAGGCGCCCAUUUCACAGGUCAGCGCCGCCAAGGACAAGGACAUCAUUGUCGAUCCCAAGUCGAACCAGAUCUGGGUGCCAACGGGCAACAGUGAUCCGAGCACCAAGGAACUCCAGUACAUUUCCAGCAGUGUCGAUCCCAAGACCGGCUAUGUCAUCACAAUUUACGGCUAUUUGGAUCCGAAGAGCAACGAGAUCAAGAAACAGACCAAGCUCGACCCCAACACCAUCAAAAUCGAACCGUUGUCCGGCAAAAUCUAUACAGCCACCGGUGAAGUGGACAAGGCGACGGGUGAACCGCUUUAUGCUGCGACUCAGGUGGAUCCCGAAUCGGGCGAGGUGUAUACCAAGUUGGCUCGCGUUGAUCCCAAAACGGGCAAAAUUGUCAUUGUGCGGAUCUUGCUCAUCUCGAAAACGGAUGAACGUGGUCGUCCCGAGGAGGUUGAUCCCGAGACAUGCGAAAUAGAUCCGGUGUCCGGGCGUGUUCUUAAGUUCUUCAACAAAACGGUUUAUGUUUAUAAUAUGGUUGAUCCGCUAACUGGUGAAAUUGUUCAGGUCGAUCCCAAUGAUCCACGUUUCGCUGGCGCACGCACCACAGUCACCCACACGAUGACCCUAACUGGUGAGAUUGAUCCGGUGACGGGACGCAUUAAGAGCGAAUAUGGCGAUAUCGAUCCCAAUACGGGUGACAUUGAUCCGGCCACUGCUGUCACAGAUCCAGUCACCGGCAAGCUAAUACUCAACUAUGCCCAAAUCGAUCCCUCGCACUUUGGCAAACAGGCCCAGGUGCAGACGACAACAGAAACGGUUCCCAUUACCCGUCAGCAAUUCUUUGACGGGGUCAAGCACAUUGGCAAGGGCGCGUUGAGACGCGACUCCGAGGGCAGCUCGGGCGACGACGAUGAUAUGACUAAAGAGUAUGGCACGGACACUGUUCACGAUAUUGUGCUCAGUCCAACGAAUCAGGCUAGCAAACUGGGCGGCAAACCAGGGAGCACACCGACUGUGGUCAAGACGACAACGAAACAGGUGCUGACCAAGAACGACGGCGGCGUCACACACAACGUCGAGGAGGAGGUGCGCAAUCUCGGCACCGGCGAAGUCACCUACUCGACACAGGAGCACAAGGCUGAUGCAACACCCACCGAUCUGAGUGGCGCCUAUGUCACGGCCACCGCAGUCACCACACGCACCGCCACCACGCACGAGGAUCUCGGCAAAAAGGCGAAGACGGAACAGCUCGAGGAGAAAACAGUGGCCACCACACGCACCCUGGAUCCCAGCAAUCAGCAGCAGCGCGUCGUCACCCAGGAGGUGAAGACGACGGCGACGGUAACCAGUGGCGAUCAGUAUCAGAGACGCGACAGCGUUUCAUCGACCAGCUCCGGCGACUCUGGCACACCCAUCGAUGGGCCAUACGAUGGCUCAAGCGUGGCACGUGGCACUGACAAACAGAAAUCUCCGCUAACUGCAUCCACAUCUGGGCCACAUGUGGAGAGUACUCGUGUGGUGCUCGGCGAGGAUACGCCCGGCUUUUCAGGACAUGGCGAGAUCAUCUCCACCCAAACCGUGAGCAGUAAAACCCGCACCGUAGAAACGAUUACCUAUAAAACCGAACGCGAUGGCAUUGUUGAGACCCGUGUGGAGCAGAAGAUAACUAUUCAAUCCGAUGGCGAUCCAAUCGAUCAUGACAAGGCUCUGGCUGAGGCAAUACAAGAAGCGACAGCCAUGAAUCCGGACAUGACAGUCGAGAAGAUUGAAAUACAACAGCAGACGCAGUAGAUUUUAUAAUUAUUUUUAAACAAUUACGAAGUAAAAAACACAGCACAGCUUCUACAAUCCACAUACGAUCCACACACGCACCACCAACACACACACACACAAUCAAAAUACACCGCACAUCGAGUACACCUUUUAUACCACAUACUCACAUAAGUUUAUAUACAAACAGACAGACAGAUAGAUAGAUCUGAAGCCAGACACAUGACUAUAUAUAUAUACGAUAUAUUUAUAUAUAUGUACGAAAGAAUUCAAAAUCUAUAUGCUAUAUUGAGCUAUCCAUAACGUUUUUCUGGAGCAAUUACAUCCAUAUGUUUAUAAUUUUUUUAUAUAUUACAAAUACAAACUGUUGUUUA